AUGAAGUUCGCUGUUGCCCUGUGCCUGCUCUUGGCCACCAGUGGCUAUGCCCUGGUUCCCAAGCAUCCCGCUGACCUCGUUUCCAUGUUGGCCCGCCAGCAGUUCGCAGUGCGCACUUUGAUGGCCGCUCCCGAGCCGCGUGAUGAAUCGACCCUGAUCAAUGACUGCUUCAACCACUACCUGGAGGACCAGACCAACGUGAUCAUGGGCUACAACCUGCAGUACACCGGAUGUCUGAGGAGCGCCCAAACUGGCCGCGACGAGCUCACCAAGGAGAGCGCCUCGGAGCGCCAGGCCCUCCUGGAUCGCACCAACAGCAUGUGCUACAGCCUGACCCAGUGCGAUACCCUCGUGGAUGGCCUGGAGUUCUUCGACUGCUACCGCAAUGCCUCCUCCGACAGCUACAAGGUUAUGUUCACCCUGAACAGUGACUCCAGCCUGGACUUCAACCGCAUCAGUGCCAAGUACCAAGUGAUCGAGACCGAUCUUACCGCCUGUGUGGAUGCGGCUCGCUUGGAUUACGCCCACGAUAUGGACUCGUGCGACGAGAAUCUGACGGUCUGCUUGAAGGGAGGCGAGACUGAGCCCACCACUACUCCUGAGGCUCCUGUGACCACCACUACUCCUGUGGCUCCAGUGACCACCACUACUCCGGAGGCUCCAGUGACCACCACUACUCCGGAGGCUCCAGUGACCACCACUACUCCUGAGGCUCCAGUGACCACCACUACUCCUGAGGCUCCAGUGACCACCACUACUCCUGAGGCUCCAGUGACCACCACUACUCCUGAGGCUCCAGUGACCACCACUACUCCUGAGGCUCCAGUGACCACCACUACUCCUGAGGCUCCAGUGACCACCACUACUCCUGAGGCUCCAGUGACCACUACUCCUGAGGCUCCAGUAACCACCACUACUCCUGAGGCACCAGUGACCACUACUCCUGAGGCUCCAGUGACCACCACUACUCCUGAGGCUCCAGUGACCACUACUCCGGAGGCUCCAGUGACCACCACUACUCCUGAGGCUCCAGUGACCACCACUACUCCUGAGGCUCCAGUGACCACCACUACUCCUGAGGCUCCAGUGACCACCACUACUCCGGAGGCUCCAGUGACCACUACUCCUGAACCUACUACCACUAGCGAGCGCCCACCUGAGGAAGAUAUUAACAGAUCCUCGCGUUUCGGUCAGAGGAGGUCGUGGAACCUGUUUAAGCGCUUCUUCUAAUCGUGAGGAACUUUUAAUUAUUUAUUGCAUACACUGAAAAAAUUCGAGAACCGCGGAAGUCAUAA